AUAUCCCCCGUCCUAUUAUAUAUUUUCAAAGGAUGCACGCUAUGACAAUAGAGGGCAACCUGGCUGGGAGGCAGUGGACAACCUGGCUGCCUAUCUGGUGGGUCUGAACAGAACCAUAACGGCACUUUCUGCAGCAGAGAUCGAGGAGAUAAAGAGGCUAUACACCCUCCUGGAUGAUGCAGAUAAGGCCCCCAUGGAAUAUUCUUUGAAAUCAAAGAAACGGACCCUUCUCGGGCCAUGGAGAGCAUCGCGGAAGCGGAGUGGUUCUGUACCUGGACAGCAGGCUGCUGAAAGGUUGUACUUGUCAGGGGGAGUAGCAGCUGAGAGGCCUGACUCAAACAGAGUGUCCGAGUGUAUUUGCCUGCGCCUGUUUAAGGAGUACACUCUGACGAGAAACCGGCCAAAGGACAUCUUAGGAAAGACCCUCCCUAUCCCCCAGGCCAUUGUCCAUUCUUACACACAUAUCAAGCAGCUGGUGGAAGACGGCCCACAGGAGCUUCUACGUACGGACCUGGUGCUGGUCACACUGAACAACACCACGGUCAGCAACUGGCUGAAGAAGCGCCAGGAAAAGACACAAACUUCAAUGCUGCUGCAGGGUGUCACCCUGCCAGACACUGUUUCCCUGGCAGUGGACCCACUACCCCUUCCACGGCAGCGACCCAGCGAGCCAUUGAGACAUGAAGCCCCGAUGGAGUUUGAUGAACCCCCAAACAGGGAAGGCCAAACUGCAGUACGACAAAGAAAAAAGAAGCGGCGAACAGGAAUGGAGGAUACACCCUCUUCCUCAUCUUCAACCAUGCCCUUUCCUCCGACCAUGAUGCCCCCUCCUUUCCCACCAAUCCCCUCCCGCCCAACUACAGGUGCCUGGCCAGGUAUGCAGCCUGGUCAGUUCAGCUGGUACGGACCUCAGCCAUGGCCUGUCUCUUCUCCCCAUCUUCAGGAGGAACAGGAAGCUCCUUCCCCAUCAAGCCAGAUGCCACAAUCCCGGCAGAGAAGUUGGAGGAGAGAGAAGGCUCUCAAGGAGGAUGAGGAGAGAGUGGCGAGGGGUGAGGCACCAAAAAAAAGAUAUUCCAAACGUAAAGAAUGGUAUACCUGUUCUCAGUGCCAAGAGCCUAAAACCAAAGAUACUGGCCACACCCAAUAUAAGGGUAAGUGGUACUGCCCCGCCUCAGGACAGAGUCUUGACGAGUGGAGGAGUUCACUAAAGAAAUAG